UUCCGUUAACGCCCGAACGGCGCCGGAAGCGAAGGCAGCAGCGCUGCGGAGCGGGACGCCGAGGAGGUAAUUAAAUGGGUCUUCAGAGGCAAAGUCUCUAAGACUAUCAGAAAAUGGCAUAUCGGAGAGAUGAAAUGUGGUCUGAAGGACGAUAUGACUAUGAAAGACUUCCCAGAGAACGCCUUCCUCCAAGGAUUCAUCCUGAUGAUGACUACCAUAGAGUAGUGAACAUCAUGCCCAAGAAACCACCAUUUCUUGAUAGACCUGGAGAAGGCAGUUAUGGUCGCUAUGAUGAUUACGGCCACGCUGAGUACAGAGACUAUGAGGAGGGUCGCAGUUUUGCCCACGAGCGAAGAAGUGGCCCACCACAUCGAGGUGUACAUAAGGAUGAGUCAGGAUGCAGAUGGCCAAGAGAUGAUCAUCCUAUGAAUCGGCAAAGUGAAUACAGGAAGGUCAGAGACGGCUUCAGGAGAAAAAGCUUCCAUCCCUCUCAUUAUAUGAGAGAGCGAUCCCCUCAUAAGAGAGACUCUCCUUUCUUCAGGGAAUCGCCAGUGAGCCGAAGGGAUUCUCCGCACAGCAGAUCUGGCUCUAGUGUCAGCAGCAGAGGCUACUCUCCUGAAAGAAGCAAAGCCUACCCUUUCCACCAGUCCCAGCAUAGCAGAAGUAUGUCAUCUUUACAUAAAAGAAAUAUUUCUUCUCAGCAAGGUAAAGAGAGGACUUCAGUUCAGUCGUCGAAAACAUCAAGAGAUGCUUCACCUUCGGGUUCCACAGCAGUACCCUCAUCAAAGGCCGCGGAGAAGAGCACCAGACUAUCAGAAAAGGAACUUGCAGAAGCUGCAAGCAAAUGGGCAGCUGAGAAGUUAGAGAAGGCCGAUGAAAACAAUUUACCUGAAAGAACAGACUAUGAGGCUGGAUCUUCAGCUCCAUUGUAUGUCGAACAAACAGAGGAAACAGAAACAAAUGUAACCGACAAUGCGGAAUUAUAUGAGGAUAACCAGCUUCUUUGCCGCUCAAAAGCAAUUGCAACUAAAACCAAGGAGAUUGAACAGGUAUACAGACAAGACUGUGAAACCUUUGGCAUGGUGGUGAAGAUGCUGAUUGAUAAAGACCCAUCAUUAGAGAAGUCCAUUCAGUUUGCUCUGAGGCAGAAUUUGCAUGAAAUAGGUGAGCGAUGCAUUGAAGAACUCAAAAAUUUCAUUGCUCAGUACGAUGCUGCCAACCAAGAUAUAUCAGAAUCCUUCAAAGAUGGCUCAUACUAAGACAAAAAUACAGUUUUAGAACUUUAUACACAGUAUGUGCACUGUAAUGCCUACGUCUGAUUCUUGUGGGGAAAGGGGAGGUUGUGUUGAAGAUUCGAACCCAAGGCCUGUGCUACCUGGUAGCUCAGAUGGCCAUACCUUGUUCGCUGUGGUCUCCAUGGUUGUAUUCUUUCUACCUGUACAUGCUGACGUAUAUUCCUUUGAACAGGAUGUUUUUUCUUCAAAAAUUCUGUAAAGUGACAAGUUAUUUUUGAAACCUUUACACAGUUACCUGGCAAAACACAUUCAGUCUGAUGUCUGUGCACUUGUGUUUGGAUGUUUGUAAGCAUAACCAGAAACACCGUGCUUUUGUAUUAAAAUAAGAGCAUUCUUCCUUCCUCAGCUUAUGCAGAAAUGUCCUAGGUCGAUAUAUACUGUAGGAAAGGAAGACUUGUAAAGUUGCUCGCAACUAUGAUUUAAUUUAUUUAUUAUAGAUUGAUUUUGAAUUUCAGAUUGAUUCUGUAAAAUUACACCAGGGCUUAUGUCUAGUCUUUGCCAGAGGAACUUUGCCUGCUUAAUGUUAGAACCUACUUUAAUUCUGCAAAUACUUUUUAUAUGUUGGUGUUUUCCACACUCUAAGUCAUUACUAGUAAGCAGUAUUAUGUAGAAUUAAUUCCAGUUUUUGUUAACUGUUUGCAACUGUUUGCUUUUUUAAUUAUUUUUAUACAUACGCAUUUUUGAACUUACAGAAUGUAACCACAGGCAGACACUGAGGAAAGGUCUCUGCUUUCAUCCUCUUCCCUUGUUCUCCCUUAAGCCUCACUAAUUUUCAUGAAUUAGUUUUUAACAAUUAGGAGGCUGUGUUAAUCUUCUGAAAUCAAGAAGGCACAGGAAUUUGGGGUGCCAAGAUGAGGUCUGGGCCAUCCCUCUAUUUAGUGACUCCAGAUUGCUUGAGAUCAGGUAUAAUGUGAAGCUAAACCCUAAGUAGGCCCCACAUGUGUUAUUUCAAACCUAAAUGAUUCUGUAGUAGUGUAGCGUCUGGAGCCAGUUUUGACUUGUAGAUAGUGACUUGUAGCUGGGAAAAAUGGUUGAGUAGAGGCAAGAGACUGCCAGUGCUGUGCCAUUGCAUUGCAGAGAUGAGAUGUAACUUAGGAAUCAUUGGCAGUGUAGGGUUAUCCUGACUAUUGGUAUGUGUACAUAUAUGGUAAUAUUGUUUUUCUUAAAUGAUUUAGGAAAAAGGAGAAAUUGAGUCACAGUCAAGAAAAAGUAAACAUGAUUGUUUUCUACAGGUGUAUUUAGAAACUUGAAAUUCUGUAUGAGGGUUAACAACUAAAGCUCAUCGUUUCUCAUACGCAGAGUAUUAAAUGAAAAGGUCGAUGGAUUCAGCCCCUUAGUAAGCAGCUUCUCAGAUUAGUUCUAAUGUCAGGUGAGUGGGAAAAGUUCACCGAUCCUACUGGGGUCAGAGAGGGGGAAGAAAGGUGACUUGUGGUGGCACAGCAGCCAGACCUGACCCAGCCCUUUUGGCAACAGCCUGACUUGUCCUGCGACCACAGGCAACGUUCUCUGAGACAGAAGCAUAGCAAACGGGGCUCACAAUGGACCAGAUAGCCUUCAGGUGGUAGAUCUGAGCUUCUGCUUUGGGUUAGAAACACUAAAGAAAAGAACCAGACAAUUUGUGCUUAUUUAUUUUUUGUCCAUUGUUACUGUAUGUUGUGUUGGGAGUCUCUUUUGUUCUCUUAGUGGAAAUUUAAUCAGGCUUCUAAAAGUGUCUGAUUUUUCAAGUGCUUUUCUAUAGAGCUUACAACACUGUUGCGUUUUUGCAGUUAGUUUUUGCCAGUAGGUCAUCAACAAGGCUGUCCUUAGCUUUCUUCUGUUGUUUUAUUUUUUUUUAAUUGAUUUAUUCUUACUGAUAAUCUAAGGAGACACUUGAUUUUAUUUUUAUUUUUUUAAUAAAUGCUGUUUCUAUGGAA